ACAGCACAAAGGAAGUCGGCCAUUUUAUUGCUGACUGGAAAAAGCUGUGGCUUUCGCCCAGUAGAGUUUUGUUAAAUUUUUAUUCGUUUAAUUUGCUAGUUGUUUGUUAAAACUUCGUACAAAUCCGUAUACGUAUUUAGUGUAAGUUUAAGUGUAUUUAUGAAUUGAGUUUGAGAAGAUAUGGACGAUCCAAAUCGGAUGAUGGCGCACAGCGGUGGACUUAUGGGCCCGCAGGGCUACGGACUACCGGGCGGCGAGGGCGCCCCUGCUGCGGGCGAGGGCGAAGCUCGCAAGCAAGACAUCGGCGAAAUUUUGCAGCAGAUCAUGAAUAUUACUGACCAGAGUUUAGACGAAGCUCAAGCGAGAAAACACACGCUGAACUGUCACAGAAUGAAGCCUGCCCUAUUUUCAGUGCUAUGUGAAAUCAAAGAGAAAACUGUUCUGUCCCUCCGCAAUACGCAAGAGGAGGAGCCCCCGGACCCGCAACUGAUGCGGUUGGACAACAUGCUUAUAGCCGAGGGGGUGGCGGGGCCUGAGAAGGGCGGCGGCGCCGGCGCAGCAGCCUCCGCCUCGGCCGCAGCUGGAGAGUGGGGCACUGUGGCUCAAGCAGAUAACGCGAUCGAGCACUCGGACUACCGCGCCAAGCUGGCCCAGAUCCGGCAGAUCUACCACCAGGAGCUGGACAAGUAUGAGAACGCCUGCAACGAGUUCACCACCCACGUGAUGAAUCUGCUCAGAGAGCAGAGCCGCACCAGGCCUAUUACGCCUAAGGAGAUCGAGCGCAUGGUGCAGAUCAUCCACAAGAAGUUCAGCUCCAUCCAGAUGCAGCUGAAGCAGUCCACCUGCGAGGCCGUCAUGAUACUGCGCUCACGUUUCCUGGACGCGCGCCGGAAGCGUCGCAACUUCAGCAAGCAGGCCUCGGAGAUUCUGAACGAGUACUUCUACUCGCACCUCUCCAACCCCUACCCCAGCGAGGAGGCCAAGGAGGAGCUCGCGCGCAAGUGCGGGAUCACCGUCUCCCAGGUGUCGAAUUGGUUCGGCAAUAAGCGCAUCCGCUACAAGAAGAACAUCGGCAAGGCGCAGGAGGAGGCCAACCUGUACGCUGCCAAGAAGGCUGCCGACCUAUCGUGGGUCGGCGCGUCCCGACGCGACGCCCACUCCCCACCCGCCAGAGCCUCAUACCACACGGCAGGCGCGUCGCCGUACUCGAUGGGCGCAGCGUCGGGCACGGCCACGCCCAUGAUGUCUCCGGCGCCCACGCAGGACUCCAUGGGCUACAGCCUGCCCGCCCCCGGCUACGACGCCCCGCAGCCCGGCUACGACGCCAUCGGCUACGACCACAUGCACCAGGACCUCAGCCCUUAGGCGCAGGCGACGGGCGUGCCUCAAGUCGGCUUCCACUGAUUGCCAUCAUUUAUAUUAACAUUGGGUGCAGCCCCACGGCCCGGAUUGCCUUAGGAAUAGGACAUUGUAUACUAUACGUUACACGACAUAUUUUUAGCUUAGCGUAUUUUUGGACGGACAUGUAAUGAAAUGUAUUUUAUUUGUAUUAUUGUUCAAUCUACACGACUGUACCCAGUAUUUAUUUAAAUCGAGUAUACUAUUUUAAUCAUGUAGUCAUAAAUUGACGAUUCUCGCGGCAUAUUUAAUGUUAUUAGUAUUAUUUUAUUCCAUUGUACGCUCUGAAUUUUAUUGUAUUUUGGAAAGUAUUGGGCAGUAUUAGUAUUUUUAAAGGCAUCACAUCGAUUGGCGGGAAUUCGCGUGUUACUUCACUUAUUCGUCUACGGUGGAUAUAAAUAAAAUAUACGAUAGUUUUUAAGGUGACUAGUGUAAUUUUAACUGUAAGUAUUCAGAUAUUUUGUGCUGACUUUGUGUCCUCUGCGUUUGCACACUACAUGUUUUUGACGCCUUUGUCUUGUUUACUAAAAAUAUAAUCGCACCUAAAAUCUGUUAUCAUCCAAUUUACUAUGAAAAUCAAUUUUAAUCUUUGAUAAAUUAGGACUUUCUCUUGACUGCACUGUAAUUUAGAUUCUUCAAAAUGUCAAGGCGAGUCGUCAGAAUGUAUGUAGUGCGCGUGCGCAUUUCGCGUGCAAUUCUAUUAUGUUAGUGAUGGUUGUGUUCGCACAUCGGCCUAAAAUCAUGUCCAUGGCAGCUAUUCAAACCCCACAAUGGUUUUUUCGUUGUGUUUGUUACAAAUGUUCAGGAGUUGUGAAUAUCAGAACAAAUAUUAUAUUUUUACGGUGCUAUGUUGUUGAUAGCACAAAAUUUUAUUUUUUCAUAUUAGUCAUAAGUUGUGUAUUGAUUUAUUCUUUGUUGUUUUUGAGUUGGGAUAUUCACCGAUUAUUGUUUCCGAUAUUUGGAUACAUUUACAACUCAUAUAACGGUGAAUGUCUUGGCUUUUUCACAUAAUUCAGUAAUUUCUUCAAUGCGAUUUCUUAAUUCUCGUUCACAAAAAUAACAAUGUGUUAUGCAUUCAAUAAUUGUGUGAGCGAGAGGACAAUAUGACCGUUGUCAAUUUCGAUGUAUAAUUGAGCGAAUAGGCAGAAAUUGAGAAAUAUUAAAUAGAUUUAUUUCGCUUUUCGGAGGACAGCUUGCAGUGAGUGUAAGGGUUAGUUCCAUAUAGUGAUAGUUUGAAUACGAAAAUUAUGCUAGCGUUAAGUUGAUGUGUUCUAAAACAAAAUAUCUGAAACAGUAUACGAAAAAAAAAACGAGAAAUUUAAUUGAAAAAUGUUUAAAAUCGCUGUGGAACAUUGAGAAACCACGUCGCAAUCGUUAGCUUUUUAUCUCACUAAUUAUACAGUACAGAAUAUUUAUAGUAACGAUUUUAACAUAAUUGUUCCGGCGAGCGAGCGGCGUGGCCCAUGUAUACGACGAGAGUUCAAUGUUACGACUACCAAGAUUGACUAAAUAAAUUUUUGUGUAGUUAA